CCUAAGCUCUGUUCACACUCUCUUGACCCUUUUACCCUCCAAAAGCUCUGUAAUUACCUCUCUUACCAUUUAAAAAAUGGUGAAGUUUCCAUUAUUUGCUAUAUAAAUUCUAAGUUGAAUGUUUGUGGAGCUUAAAUCGGGCCCAAAAACAGCGCACAUUUGAAGGUUUCUCACUUUUCGAAGCAAUGUCCGUGGCUACGAAGCAUAAGUCAUCGCCAAAAUCGGUGAUGGAACAGCGAGCGAUUCUCGGUCCGACAGGGAACAGAGUUAGGGUUUCGGACGAGUCAAAGAGGAAAAUUGAAGCUCUAAAAAAUCCACGAAGACCGAAAAUUCCAGUCUCCCAGAGCUCACAGUCCGUUGUACAAAGCAAUGUCUCAGCCGACAGCUCCUUUUCCUCUGAUUCUUCUUCAAGCAAUGCCUCCCUCAAAACGGUAAGCUCUGAGAAAACCGUUAAGCGAAACGGAGUGAAGCCAGUCAAAGCCAAGGUGGCUCCAACAGCUGACAAGGUUGUCACGGAAAUUUCUCCGGUAACAUCGGAACGGUUAAAACGAUGUGAUUGGAUCACUCCAUUUUCUGACCCUCUUUAUACUUCUUUCCAUGACGAAGAGUGGGGUGUUCCAGUUCGUGAUGACAGGAAGCUGUUUGAGCUGCUGGUCUUUUCACAAGCCUUAGCUGAACUCAGCUGGCCAACAAUUCUUAAUAAGAGAUGCAUAUUCAGGAAGCUUUUUGACAAUUUCGAUCCAUCAUCAAUUGCACAAUAUACUGAGAAGAAGAUGCUUUCAUUGAAAGUUGAUGGUAGCCUAUUGCUUUCUGAGCCGAAGCUCCGUGCGAUACUGGAGAAUGCUAAACAGAUGCUUAAGGUUCAGCGGGAAUUUGGUUCUUUCAGCAGCUAUUGCUGGGGAUUUGUUAACCACAAACCAUUAAGAAAUGGGUUCCGAUAUGCCCGUCAAGCACCAGUUAAGACCCCAAAAGCUGAACUCAUGAGCAAAGAUAUGAUGCAGAGAGGAUUCCGUUGUGUGGGACCUACUGUCGUUUAUUCAUUCAUGCAAGUGGCAGGGAUUGUUAAUGAUCAUCUUGUAACUUGCUUCAGAUACCAAGAAUGCAAUGCCAAUGUCAAAAAGGAUAUAAAACCAAAGAUUGAGGAAACAGAAAGGCUAACUAAAGAUUUGGAGAACACAUGCUUAUCUUACUAGUGAAUGCCUCAGCCACACACCAUUUUCUUGACUAAUCACAUAGAUAUUUGUAAUGAGAAGAUUGUAGCAGGAGCAUGAAGGCAAUUUGUUCCCAAGUAUUGGGUCAAAAUUUCCUCUCGCCGUAUGGUAAUGUAGAAUCUUUUUUCAUCCUCCUCUGUAUCAUCUACCUAAACAGAGAGUAAGUCUUUGUACAAUUAAAGUAUUCUUUCGGAUGCUGCCUUUACUAAAUGCUAAUGCUCCCCGUGAAAACCUAUGUGUGUUCUUAAACAUGCUUUGUGUCAUCUUGAUAAGUCUUUGUGUAGCUUUUGUAACAUUACCUUAAAUAUGCCGUUCUCAUCAAUCGGUUAUUGUAAUAAAAUUCGAUCGUUAUAGAUAUACAUUGAGGUUGAGUUAUUUCAGUGCCACUAAUCUUGUGUCAUUAUCUUGUGAACGAUUGAAUCGAAUUAUAUCUGGUUAUGUAAAUUCUGAGAAGUGAUAAGGUUGCAAUCAUCAUAACUUACAAGAUAAUUGGAUAAAGGAUGCUAUGAUGACAGAAAGUUACAUAGGUGAUGGCCCAAGCCCCGAAUGGAAACAUAUUGGAAAGUUAGAGGCUCCAUUAACAAAAGAGAUAUGGAUAAGAGCAGACCACUCCAGUCACACAGUGGAGACUGGUUAUGCAGUACAGCUCUGCAGUACACAUUUUCUUCCAUUUUUUGUUGAAAGUUUUAUGAGAAUGUGUAUUAUUAUUAUUAUUAUCGGAUUAUUUAGGAUUAACUUUUGAUUGUAGGGUGAUUUGCAAACGUAAGUGAAUGAAACCUCAAC